ACCUGGGUGUUAGUCAGCUGUCAUGGGCUGCUUCCUGGGGGUGGAGGCCUGGUCGAGGACCGGGCCGCGGGGACACUAAAGCCCCGAAAUCAUCUCAAGAUAACCUCAAGAUAACCUGUCUUAUGGUGGUAUUUGCUCUUUCUGUGUCAGGUGCAAAUUACAGUACAUGCAUUUUUUCUACAGAUAUCCACCCAAUAAAUAUAUUUAAUAAUUCUAGUUUCUUCAAACUGUUUAUUUCAUGUUUUAUUUAAACACAUGGUACUUUAUCUCAAAUUAGAAAAUUUGUACUGGGCAUUUACUACAGCAUACAAAUGUCCAUUUGCAUUUAUAGUUUGCUAUUUAUACUGUAUUUGCUUUUUAUCAAAUUUUCUUUAGGUAUUCUUGUUAAACCAAUAGAAUGCAAAUUUAUAUUUUAAUAAUGUAACUAUUUUGUAAUAACUUUCUUCAUCCUGUAGCUCCAUGAUCAGUGCAAUCAGUCUGCAACCGAAAGGUACCGGGUUUGAUUCCCACAGCAAGAUAGACCUUUAAGCAUGAUAACUUUUAUCUAAUGCCUCCGUUCACCUCAGUCAGUGGGAAACUAAUGUGGUCUAUAGCCAAGGUUAAUUAGUAAAAUCUUAUUUUAAUCCCCGUACCCACACAAUCUGCACAUAAGAGAUUGCGUGUCUAAGGUUGGAGACCAGACUUGUGUGGUUAGCAUCCUGCAACUUUCCACGGUGAAUUAUGAUUGUAUGGCAAGUGUCAUAGGGUGGUUUGGGUCGAUCCCGCAUGCCUCUCUUUUAAGUAGCAUUAGUUACUAUUGUGACAGCCAACACUACCUACGAAGCUUGAAAUGUGAGUUUGGUUGUUCAUAGUGUUAACAAUGGAUUUUUCAGCGGUUAUCAAUGUUGAAUCAAAGUUAAUUCAGCAUGUUUUGCCCACUGGGAGAGAGAACAGGAGGAAAGAGGAGAAAAGGUUGGGAGAGGGAGAGUCAGAGACCUGGGUUCCUUAUCUUUAAAAGAGCCUUGUUUGUCUGUGGUUGGAAACCAGACUUGAGGCUAGCCUCCCAUCUUUGCAUGGUGAUUGGUGAUUUUUGGAGUGUCUCAUAGGAUGGCUGGGGUCGGCCCCUCUACCUACGUACAGUACUUGAAGGGGAACUGGCCUCUGCACCCCUUUACGAAGUCACUGGAUAUGAAAUGUGCAACUAAAACUCCAUAGAGUUUAGCAUUUGUUUAAAUUUUAGUGUAUUCAGAUGGUGAAAUGCUAAACGAAUGUAAAGAUAAGAUAUGUAUGUUCUUGACACAACCUGAUUACAGUGAUAUAGUGUAGUGAAAAUGAUUACAGUGUAAUGCAUAUCCUUGUAACAUUUUUCCUCAAUUUUAAUUGAAUAUAGCUAUGAUUUUACUUGUUAACUGUUGCACACAGUAUCCAGCAAUUGCUUUUAUUAACUCGGCAUGCACUGCCACCACAUGGAUUAUAUGUUACUUAAGCUUCGAGGAAAGCUUAAGCUCUUGGGUUGAAGUUCUUAUUUUCCCUGUGUCUGCACUGAGAGCAAGUGGAUGUUAAUUUCGGCUCCUGUCUGGUACUCGUCAACCCCUAGAGUUAAAAAGUACUGUACAAUACUGUAUAUGGAAUUUCACACUAGACAUUCAUGCAAGUGAAUUUUCAACUGGAGGGAUUCUGAUAAAUCUCGGUGAAAGGGGAUUUGCCAAUAAAUUGUGAAGGCGAUUAAACCCAAUAAGGGAUCAAUAGCAAGAGUUCACUUGUACAUACCAUGAUACAGGCUAAACCUUCCCUGUAAGACUCCUACUGUUAAAACUAUAGGGAGAGUAUGUGAGGGUGGGGGAUAGGAAGGGUGCAAGUGGAGAGGGAUAUGGUGCAAAGUUUACAGUAAUGAAGACUGUGUAGUGAAGAGGCGAGAUGGGAAGGUGUGUGUGUGUAUGUAAGGGAUGGGGUAGUCUUGGGCACAGGGUAACCUGUGGGCUGCCAGGUAUACCCCAAAUGAUGGCAAUCUAGUGAAUAUAUUGACCAAAAAUUGUCUUUGAAUGUAAUGAAAUGCCUCUUUCUGUCAGAGAGGCAUUUUUUAACGAGCUCACUAGAGCCCGUGCUACAUGGAAAUUUUGUUCAGAGUAACUGAAUCUAUAACAACAACAGCCACUUUUUGGUAGAGUCCUGUGACUCCCUGAAGCAAUCUCAUAGAGAUGGCUUCCCGUACCAAGUCACACAAGAGAGUACAAUAUGUGUAUCAGGGACCAGAGCGAAAACCAGGCCACAGAGGCACAGGGUGAUUGAUUGAUUGAUGAAGAUUAAGCCACCCAAAAAGUGGCAUGGGCAUGAAUAGCCCGUAAGUGGUGGGCCUUUUGAGCCAUUACCAGUAUCAAGAGCUGAUACUGGAGAUCUGUGGAGGUGCGACUGCACCCUGCGUGACGGGAGAUCUUCCCCGUGAGGCACAGGGAGCUGGGUAUUAUUGUUAUAACCUACCCUAGGUAAGCAUCCAUAGUGCAGUGUAGUCUCACUAUACUAUGGCCACGGUUGCUAUAUGAAGCAGGAUAUUCAUGUUUAUUCAAUGUUAUUGAAUAAAUAAGUGUUUUUUAUCUAUCUUUAAUUACUUGAUCUCUGUACGUAUACUUAAAGUAUUUUGAUCCAUAUACCUGAAAUAUACAUUAGUAAUAUUCUUCAUGAAUUUUUAAAUAAAUAAACUAAAUAAAACAAUGAUAGGCUUGUUUCAGCCUAAUAUAAGGCUAGUUAAUAAUUUUGUUACAGAACCGCUAUAGAUAAAUUCUGUCCUUAGGUCAACAAGCUUUGGCUAAUAUACUGAUUGUUCAUCUUAUAUCUGAGAUUUUUAAGAACGCCAUAUCACUUGAACUUGAACUUGAGCCAUAUCACUGAGGUAGAUUAUUGCCUUGAUACUCUUAUUGGCUGUCUUAAGCUACCCGUAAGUCGGUUUUGACAUUCAUACUUUUUAGGAUGGAGUUUAUGCACAGAAUUUAUAUGCCUAGAAUAAAUAACCAAACUGAAACUCAGUUACAAAUGUUGAGCAAAAUUACGUUUGUCUACCUAAAUUAAUCAUAUAUCUUAAUAGAUACUGUUUUCACAUAGCUUUCAUGUUAGUCUUAAGAUUAGUAUAAAAAACUGUUUAACGUAUGUUUGAUUCCAUAAGUAAGCUUAGUUUUAUAAUAAAUAUUUCAGCAAAAAAUAUAUAGGGUGGCCCAAUAUUUUAUUAACAGAAUCAUAUGCAAAAACAAAUGAAAAAUUAAAUAAUAACAAAGUUAAUAAAUAUACAUAAAGUUAAAAAUUAAAACACAAAUGCACUAUUAAAUAGAAACAAUAUAUUUAAUUGCACACAGUGUCCUCAUAUUUAUCAGAACUAUAACUUAUUUUUACAUGAAUUAAAUUAACCUCUGAAACUAAUCGUAAAGAAAAUAUUCCAACAUUGUGUGGAGAGCGCUGACUUGAGCAGGGUAUAUAUGGUGGCUGAGGUCAAGUGCUGGUUCCUUCAGCCCCUACUACAGCCGCCUGUUGAGUCAAUGGUGCUGACUUACCGUAGUGGCAAUACAGUGGAAGGACUUACCGUAGUGGCAAUACAGUGAAAGGACUUACCGUAGUGGCAAUACAGUCAAGGACUUACCGUGGUGGCAAUACAGUCAAGGACUUACCGUAGUGGCAAUACAGUGGAAGGACUUAGCGUACUGGCAAAUUAAUACAUUGGAAGGACUUGAUGUACUCGCAAUACAGUGACGUUGACUUGGCGUAGUGGCAAUACAGUGGAUGGACUUAUAGCGUAGUGGCAAUACAGUGGAUGGACUUACAGCGUAGUGGCAAUACAGUGGAUGGACUUACAGCGUAGUGGCAAUACAGUGGAUGGACUUACAGCGUAGUGGCAAUACAGUGGAUGGACUUACAGCGUAGUGGCAAUACAGUGGAUGGACUUACAGCGUAGUGGCAAUACAGUGGAUGGACUUACAGCGUAGUGGCAAUACAGUGGAUGGACUUACAGCGUAGUGGCAAUACAGUGGAUGGACUUACAGCGUAGUGACAAUAGAGAGGAAAGUCCCGGCGUGUAUAGUGAAGGAGAGUCUGCGGCUGGACAUUCUGCAAGAGAAGUCGCCAUGUUGAAGCACGCCAGUCCUCAGAGGUCUUCCUCCAGUCUCGCCCAACAUAUGCCUCCGUCCCCUACUGCUGCGCGCCCUUCCGAAGCCAGAGGUAACGCCCUUGUGGCCGGCAAUGCCUUCAGAGACUCGUACAGUGAGCGUAGUGUAGACUGCGAUAGCCUUAUCGUGCCUGCCUCCUUCGCUCAGGCAGAGAAACAGGCCGGCUACCAAGUGGGGACUUGGUCGGGCGUGUCCCAGGCCAACGUCCGGCGCGGCCUGUCAUUCAGCGCUCGUCGGGCCCCCGACGCUCUCUCCUUCAGAUCAGUGCGCAGUGAGGGCCACCCGGCCUCUGUGGCCGCCACCAUGCCCACGAAGAUGGCCCCGGCCACCACCAGCAUGACAAAUGUCUCGACUCUUAAAACCGAUGGGUCAAGUCCCAAGAGCGACAAGACAAGUGAAGAGUGCGGCCUCCAGUACCUCAAGGGCGACAUGUCGAGCCUCAAGAACUUGUUGAGGUUGCCAGGAGUUCGAGGGCAUGCUAAAAUAAUCGAGAUUUCCAAAGACGGAGUUGUUUUGAGCCCCGACAGUCUGAGUCUCAACUCGUCCGACAGCUUCUUCACUGCUAACAGCGGCCGCACCUCCUCCAGAAGCUGGUCCUCCAACGCCUCCUCCAAUUCCAAUGCCACUAAUACGUCGACGGAGUCCAGUUCCUCCACGUCUGAACCUGCUUCGACAACCAUUAGAGUGUUCGCUAAGUGCCUGCGCUCCGACAUCGAGUACAAGACGAUCUCCGUGAGUGCGCGAGCGACUUGCCGCGAGGUGGUGGCUCUUCUGCUCUCCAAAUACCGCAUGCGGCACCGCGACCCCAACCUCUUCUACCUAACAAUGGAGGUCACCGUCCGCAGGUGGUCGGGCGCCCCGGUGCGGUCACUACUGGUGCUGGAAGACGGAGCCCGUCCAGCCCAGCUGGCGCUGUGUAGGCCGCCAGGAGACUCCAGGUUCGCCCUCCAGAUGCGUCGAGGAGGAGUCAUUAAGGUCCACGACACUGUCCUUAUGCCUGGGUCUCAGUACAAGUCGCUGCUGGUGUCGGAGCGGACGACGGCGGAGGAGGUGGUCCAGCUCCUGCUCAACUGCUACAACAGGCGCGAUAACAAGUAUUACUACGCUAUCCACGAGGUGCGCCGGAGCCCCGAGUACAGCGACCGGAUCAUCCUGGCGGAGGAGAGGCCGCUGGAGGUGAAGGGCAGAUGGCCACGGGAUCGUCAGGCAGAAUUUGUGUUCGUCCUCAGGAGAGACAUGUCUCAGGCCCUCUCACUCCGCAGGGUCCGUUUUUCCACCCAGCUGUCUCUGAGAACAAGUGAAGUUAAGAGGCCAGCGGUCGGCGGCACUGUCAAGGACAACAUCGAACCUGCCACGAAGAUCGAGCUGGUCCAGGCGGCCAGGAACAAGCCACACGACCAAGUACAGAUCCUCAUUGUGGAGGAUGCAGUCAUCGAUUGCACCGACGUGACUCCGAAAAUGACUACAAUUAACAGGACAACUACUGUAAACAAUAAAGGCACUUUAGAAGUCUUCAACGGCAAGACAUCUGCAAGUGCCUCCCAUUCUCGACUCCCUCCCACCAAACCCGUGAGCGAAUUCAUGGUAAAUCAUGGUGUUUCAGGUACAAGGGAUUCUUCGACAAACACAGAGAGAAAGACAUGGUCAAACACCAGUACCCAGACGAUUGUGUCGAAACAUGCCCCGCGGUCGGCUUCUCUCUCCCGGGUCCAGCACCACCCACACCCAGCAAAUGCCUCACAGAAUCUGACAAGUAACAUAGUGAGACCAUCCUCCGUAGAGCCAAAUCUUACAGUAACGAAACCUGCUUUUAAUGAAUUACAAGCCGAACCAAACAAGACAAAUCUCAGAGAGGUUGUGGGUGACAAAGCAAAUCAUCUUUCACGACACGUUCUCACAGAUGAACGGAAACUUGUUUCACAAAACUCCCGGUGUGAGAAGAACACUGAUACUACACAUACUUCCCCUUUUAAAACGCCUGGGCCAUCAGCUGGUCGUGCCUGCUCUACUGUGUCACAACCGACCAAACCUGACACCCAGCACGUAUGUAAACACAAUUGUCAACAUUGUUUUUACAUCUGAAAAGUUACCAUGUAAAUAGUGUAUAAAUGUUCUUCUGUGAUUUCGGUGAAUUUGUAAAUAUAUCACCUGCGUUCAUAGUGAACACUGCCGUUACUGGCCCAGAUUAUAUCCAAAACCAAUUCCUCAAAUUAUUUUCAAGUUAAAUUAGUGUUUUUACUUAAAAGAAUUCUUCAUUUUAAAAUAUCAUAAUUAUUUUGUAAAGAGUGUGUCUUAUGUUUUGUGUAUUAUAGUCAAAUGUAUAUACAGUAUAUAUAUAUAUAUAUUAGCUAAUGUAAACAAAUAUUAUUAGGAAUAGUGGAAAUAUAUUGUAUGUAUAGUCAGUAUCAGUAAUUGUUUAGACUAUUGUGUACGAGACCGCACAAGACUUAAUAUAGAUGUGUCCAAUGAACAAAUCCACAAGGGCCGUGACGAGGAUUCGAACCUGCGUCCGGGAGCAGGUUCGAAUCCCAGACACUGCCUUAAUCGACUGAGCUACGAGAUGUGUCCACUUGGGUCAUUUAAGUCUCGUCUUGUGUCGUAUUCUGCGGUUAUCCAAGCUUUAAAUACAUUUGAUACAAGUAACUACAGUUGUUUCGAUCAGAAAUGUAAUUGUAUAAAAUGCCCGAAUUUAUUUUAAUAAACUAUAGUUUCAGGUAGUUUAAUUUGACUGUGACUAGGCUAGCAAUGCAUAAUGCAUCCCCCGCUGUCCGUCCACUCUAACUUGUAGCAAGUUAAUGUGCAAUAUUGUUAUUCACUUCUAAAUGGCUAUUCACUUUACAUUUCUUUCCUGUUAUUUUCUGACUUAAGUGCUAGAAGAUGUAUAAUCACUUCCUGGAGAUUCCCAUUCAUACUUGAAAAAAAUAUAUAUAGGUCAUGUGUAAGCUACUUCACUAACCAACCUUAAAGGAAAGGCUGCAUCCAAGUAGACUUUUUUUUUCCAGGGUUCAAACCCUGGGUUGAUUGGGCACAGUACCUUCACAGUCCAUCUAGCAGUAAUCUGUAACCUUUAUGUAAAGCAAGUAGAAGAUAAUGUUCUGGGGAAAACAAGUGAGGUAAGAUGUUAUAUUGAGCUGAAGAAGGAAGAAAUCUUGAGUCUGUAAACAAGAAUCAGAAGACUUUUACUCCUCUUCCUUCAAGUGAAAAAAACUAACACAAAUUAGUUGCUUGUAAAGAUCUAAAUCAUUCUUAUUUUAAAUGUUAAAUCUAGUACAAUUAUGAAAAUUUAUUAAAAUAUGUUAGUGUCAUAAACUAUAUCACUUAGCAAUUUAGGGACAAAUUAUAAAAAAAUUAUAAAACCAGCUCACAGUAAGCUAAUUAUGUUUACUCACGCUACUGUAGUAAUGACGAGGAACACGAGUCCCUUUGGUUUUAUAAUAGUAGUAGUUCACAGUGAAAGUAGAAAUACUAUGUACCCAAAAUUCAUUGUCGAUAUGAGGAUUGCUGUUUAAUAAUAAUGAGGGUGACCAUGCUGCCACCCUCAUUAUUCAUCAUUCACCCUCAAGAGCCCCAUCAGUAUAGUGCACACACUUACUGCACAUUAAUCACUCGUGCCAAGUUUAGAUUAAAUAAUUAUUUCGUGUGUGUGGCUGAAUGAUAAAAUUGCGUAGAAAAUGGGUCGAACACUUUAAUGAUGGGUAUCUCUUUAAUUUAUGCUUUGUUUUUAUUCAAAUUUUAUGAAGCCAAAUAAGCCAUCUAGAGCUGAAGGUCUACUUUUGCAAUCAACGUACUUGACACCCAACUCCCCUGGUGCCAAGCAACGUUAAAUGGGUAUGGUGGAUAUA